AUUCUCUUUCCUUCACUUGUCUUCGCUUUUCUUUUCUUUUCUUUCUUUUAUUAAUUUUUAUCCAAACAACGCAAGGAAGAGAAAGUAUAAAUUACUGAUGCAGCGAGAUAUGGCAAAGAAGUUGGACACGCUGAGCAAUAGUUGAGCAGGACGGAGUUUAUUACUACCGACAACCAUUAAUCGCCAAAUUGAGGAGAUGAGGCAUUUCCUUGAAUGCCAUCGUCUCUUCGUGGCCACUCCUCCAGCGGCGGCUCUGAGAUCAAUCCGACGGGCUUAUUUCUCGACUUCUGCUUCUUCUCUCAAGUUGGAUGGUGGAGUUUCUUUGGUUCAGGGGGCUUCUAGGGGAAUUGGCCUCGAAUUCGUUAAACAGCUGCUGGAGAAGAAUGACAAAGGACAUGUUGUUGCAACCUGCCGUAAUCCAGAUGGGGCAACAGGGCUUCUUGAAUUAAAAACCAAGUUCACCGAACGCCUUAGUAUAUUACAACUCGAUCUGACUGUUGAAACCACCAUAGAGGCAUCAGCAAAGUCAAUAACAGAAAGAUAUGGCUUCCUCAACCUUCUGAUCAAUGCAUCAGGCAUUCUUUCUAUACCUAAUGUAUUGCAACCAGAAACAACAUUAAGCAAAGUAGAGAAGUCAUCCUUGAUGCUUGCUUAUGAGAUUAAUGCUGUGGGUCCUACUCUAGUGAUCAAGCACAUGUGGCCCCUUCUGAAAGCUGGAGGAGGUUCUGGGACUGAGAGAGAUGUUGCAGUUGUAGCCAGCUUAAGUGCCAGGGUGGGGUCCAUUGGUGAUAAUCGCCUGGGAGGUUGGCACUCAUAUAGAUCUUCAAAAGCUGCCCUUAAUCAGUUGACAAAAACUGUUUCAGUAGAGUUUGGACGAAAGAAGGACCCAGUUAUUUGUAUAUUAUUGCACCCAGGUACAGUUGAUACAGAUCUGUCUCGGCCAUUUCAGAGAAAUGUUCCUGAGGGAAAGCUUUUUACUAAAGAGUUCUCGGUGCAGAAGCUCUUAAACAUUAUCAACAAUGUAAAGAGUCAUGACAACGGCAAGUUCUUUGCCUGGGAUGGUCAGGAAAUUCCUUGGUGAUUUACAGAAUUUGUUUUCAUUUUCAUUGCAAAAUUGGCAAUAAGAGUAUUAAUUUGAAAUUUUAAGAAGAAUCCAUUCACUAAUUUUAAAUUUACGCAUCUUACUAGGCUUGAAUGUAUUCUAGAUUGUACUUACUUCUCAUGAUAUGUAAUCACUAUUAACAAAAAAUUGUUCUACUGAUAAUCUCUUAUCAAAUAGUUUAAGAUUCUAGGGGCAAUGAUUGUUUGUUGUUACCAUGGAGUAAUAAUUUCUUUGUCAAGUG